CGCUCAACCACAUAUAAAUGAAGGUCCGGUGUACUGGUCCACGCAUCAUUCUCACCACUCUCAGUGAUCCAGUCUGCUGUCUUCAAACAUAAAAAUGGAAUUCUUCAGCUUGUUCCUGGCAUUGGUGGUGAUGGUGGCCACGUUAGGAGAUGCCCUCCCCGCCCUGGAAAAUCGGGGAAUUUGCCCAAGCCCACCUCCCGCCUGGGGAUCACAUGGGACUAAGAAUUGCUAUUCCUCGUCACCAAGUCCUAAUUGCGGCACCGUAACGAGCUACGGCGUGUCCGCGUCAGAUAAACAACUGAUCGUGAGUGCUCACAACAGCUGGAGGGCACGAGUUGCAUCUGGCCAGGAAACACGGGGAAAUCCUGGACCUCAGCCCAAAGCCUCCAACAUGCGACGAAUGGUAUACGUUCGCGCUCUUUACUCGGAUAGGAGCUUUAAUGUUUCGUUCCUGUCUGCGGGUCAAAACCUCUAUAUGAGUUGGGGGAGCAGCGGGUCGAAGCCAAAUUGGACUGCUGCCGUAAAGGCCUGGUAUGACGAGGUCGCCCUCUUUUCGAAAUUCUCCAUAUCACCUUUCAAGUUUACCAUGGACACGGGACACUACACACAGGUGGUGUGGGCAGACACGUACGCCGUGGGAUGCGGCUACGUUGCCUACAAAGGAGGUUACCAACUCUACGUGUGCAACUACGGGCCGGCUGGAAACUACAUUGGGAUGACAGUGUACGGUGAUGGGGCUCCGUGCUCUUGCUGCAAGUCCACCUGCUCCAAUGGUGUUCUCUGUGACUGAUUCAUUUAAUUGCAUCCUAGCAAACAUCCGCGUGGGAUGCAUGAUAAUUGAAACAAUAAAUUGGAUACAAUG